CGCUAGCUGCUGCUGGGUCGAGUCAUCAGAUGCUUGAUUUCGCGCAUCACGCCAUCCAUCCACACAACAUGCUGUUCGUGAUUUAGUCACGUGAUCGCCUUUCGGUUUCCAAAAUUCCAAUCCAGUUCGCUACCCAAACUCCGUAACUCUCGACUCGCUCCAAAUGGGCUCAUGGCACGACCCCUACUUGCAUCGAUGACGCUAUGGACUUGCCUCGUCCUGUCGAGCAUUCCGCUCACACAUCGACAGGCCCCGGCAAAGGCCAUUGCGCAGCGCGCAGAAUCCAUAUCUGGCCCGUUCUCCCACAACGUGGGGUCCAAAGCAAAGACCGAGGGGACGGGCGCUUCUUGCAGUCGUGAGUACCAAACGCAGGCACCGCUGCCCAGUGAGGGACGACAACCGUCAACCUUAUCGCAGCGAUCUGCACAACAGACAAUGGGAGCAAAGCGAACGAUGAAUCAUAUAGAGUUGCAACGAGACUCGCAAGAGUCGAUAAAGUAGCCAAACAUCGUGCGACGCCCAACGAAACAUAUAUGCAGUCCGCAAAAAGCCAAACGAUCCGAACAAACUGCGUGGCUGGAUAUAAACGAUUUCGCGUGCGAAGGAAAAAUAUUGUCCGGUAGUAAAGCGCCUCCAAGAAUGUGCG